CUGGUAAAGCGUUGGCCUCACAGUUCCCGGGUUCAAUCCCGGACCUGCCUGUGUGGAGUUUGCAUGUCCUCUACGUGCCUCCGUGGGUUUUCUCCCACGUCCCAAAAACACGCAACAUUAGUUGGACACUCAAGGUUGCGCUGAGGUGUGAUUGUGAGUGUGACUGUCGUCUGUCUCUAUGUGCACUGCGAUUGGCUCGCAACCAGUUCAGGGUGUACCCCGCCUCCUGCUCAUUGACAGCUGGGAUUGGCUCCAGCACUCCCCGUGACCCUUGUGAGGAUAAGCAUUAAAGAAAAUGAAUGGAUAUUAUAUUAUAUAACAAGCAAACGAAACACUCCAAGGUUGAAAACUUCUUUUUUUUUCAUGCUUUUUAAAAUAUAUCCACUUUUUGAUCAUAUUACUUGGACUGUAUGCGGUUUUAAUUGCUUUUUUUUCAAUAUUGUGGUUGGUUUUUAUUGUUUUUAUCCCGUUUUAAAUGUUUUAUCUCUUUCUUUUCAAACGCCUUUAGUCAUGUAAAGUUACCUCGUAUAUGAAAUGCGCUAUACAAAUAAAUUUGCUUUGCUUUGAUUUCCAAUGAUGCCUAUGAUAGAGGCUCCGGCAGGUCCAAUAUACAAGCUGUUUAAUCUUAAAGAUGUUGAUUGUCUUGCUGAUAACUUGUCUCGUCUCUCUUCUGGUGGUAAUGCAUAGCUGUCUAGUUUUGUGGAAACUUUACAGGGGUAUACACUCUGCAUUGGAGACUGGAGACAAGCAGCAUCUAGAUCGUGCACUAGUAUUGAACAGAAAUCGAGACAAUUGCAGGUAUGCUUAAUGUACCCUAACCCUAUUGAGAGCACACUUCAAGCAUCUGGCCGCAGCUAUCAGAGAGAGGUACCCCACUCUUGUUACAGCCACACCCAUUUCUUUCUCCUAUGUUAAACGACCCACUUGAGCACUUGACUAACUGUACUAAACUUUGGACUGAAUCGACUGGACGUCACCCUGGACAGUCUGAUUAGGUUAGGCUUUGUUCAGGACUGCGAUCCUGGCAGGUCUCCCUGAAUCAGUACAGACCACUCUUAAAGCUGACCCUGACCUGUACGGUGAUGAGCCUAGAUUUAGACGACACUAACAGGGUGAGGAUAAUGAAAUUAUUAAACUCCAAAACAACUUAUUAAAUUACAAGUAGCACAGGCAAGACGUUAAGGUCCAAAACCACACCAGACGUAAUUUUUUGGCAGGCACAACCAUCUAGACAGGCAGGUGGGUUCCGAGGUAAUAGCUGGGAUGGAUACGCAGGAAGGCGUGGAGGAGCCGGGGGAGAGUGUAACAACAUCAACGUGAUCAAGGAUGUUUUGGUUGUGGUUCUCUCGAUCACUGGCUUAAAGACUAUCUUAUAGCUCCUCCACCUCAAGGUCCAAUGCAAGGGCGUGGUGGCUGGUCCAAUAACCGAGGAGGCCAAGACAGAGGCAGAAUUAACAGCUUUGGCGGCCCACCCUAGCAGCAGGAUGGACAACAGCAGGUUGGACAGUGCCACUAUGGGUACCCGGAAAGCCAGGGGUCCAGCGAUGCAGUGCCAUGAUCCCCAACUCUGUUGCAUUGCGAAAAGUGAACACUCUUGUUGACACAGAGGCAACACAUUCCUCACUCAACAUCUCGCUCCCGGACACUUAAUUUUCACAACACACUGUGCAAUUGAUGGGCUUGUCACUCAACAAGCCCUGCAAUGGACUCAACCCCUACCGACAAUCUUGGCAGGACAGACCUUCCACCAUUCGUUUAUAAUGCCGGCAGCUGACACCGUCUGCCACUCUGGACAAUGGUCUAUGACACCUGUGAGUGAACCAACUCCAACUGUGGACAUUUAUUGGGCCCGACUUGAACCAGAAACACCACUCAAACCUGGUCUCAUAGAUAAAUUUCUGUUGUGGAAGCCCUGGUUAAACAUUCUUAGGGCUUAUCUGCCUCCACUUGAUCCUUACCAUUGCACACUAUAUUAUGACUGCAACCACGAUCUAGUAUAUGAGGAAAACUUUGCAUGCAUACAAGGUGAUGCUUGGGACAUUACAGCCACACAUAUAUAUACAGCAAGAGAGGGUGUAGCGGCAUCCUGCUCUCUUGCACCAGAUCAAAUGACACGGUUCAAAAUGGAGGAAGAGUCAGUACCCCACAUUUCACACGCUCCGUCUCCAGGACACGAGGCCCGACAGCUGGGACCAAUGGUGAAACGACUGACUCAAAUGACUAACUGGGAGGACACACCACUCCCAAACGUACAAAUCUCCAAAUCUGCAGAUCCAUGCCGCAUAAUUGUUGUAAUUGACGCACCUCUGACAACUAAUAUGAUCAUAUUAGAACACGGACGUGACUACUCUGACCAAAACUCACUGUAUGGCUCAUAUUGGCCCCAGAGCUAUGCUAACUGAAGUUUCCAUGUGGUGGCAUCCUUAAAUGUCUGACUUGUGUCACACCCACUGUCGUGACAAUAUUUGCCAGCUGCACAAUGUUUGCCCCACACUUAGACCGUUACCAGGUUCAUUUGACCCACCCACCUGGCCUGGUGCGGAACUGGUCAUGGUUUUCACAGACAUGAUCCCUCCUGUUCAAGGUACGCACUACCUUCUUGUUUUUGUUGACACCUUUUCCGGUUGGCCUGAAGCCUACCCCUACACUCGCGAAAGUGUCAUGUUGGUAAUGAAAGCUUUGGUGAACCACUGGAUUCCAACGCAUGGUUUUCCCGCUCUCAUCCUCUAGACAACGGUACACAUUUCACAUCCACACACCUAGCUACUGUAGAGAAGUGGUUAGGGUUAACUCAUAAAUUUGGUUGUGUUUAUCACCCCGCCAGUCAAGGUUCAGUUGAACGUAUGAAUUGCACGUUGACAGAAAAACUGGCUAAAAUAUGUACCUCUUCCGGCAUAAACUGGGUUCAGGCUCUUCCUCUUGCUCUAAUGUCUGUGAGACAAACUGUCUCGCUCUACUGGUUUCUCUCCUUACGAACUUCUUUCAGGUCGUCUGAUGCCUGGCCCUUCCUCCUCACUCCAACCACUGGAGGAGGGCGUUGUGUCCCCCAAGUUUUCUCAUAAACUGUUUUGGACACAACUGCAUUCUUUUGCUUCUAAUUUCCCUUCACAGAUCCAGGACACUCUUCCAACACCACCUCCUGCACUUGAUCUUCCUGAGUGGUCAUCUGUCUACCUUAAACGACUCUCUCGUAAGUGGUCAGAAUCCCAUUGGUCUGGACCACACAAGGUGACUUGUACCUCCAAAGCUGUUGGCUUGGAGGGAAAAGGAACUAAGUGGUUUCAUUAUUCUAUGCUUCCCCCUUCUACAGACUUUUAAUUGCACUUUUAUUUUAUUGUUUGUUGUUGUUUUAUUGUUAACUAUGACUCCUACAGAUGGUCCAAUUGCUUUUCGGACCAAGAGAGGGAGAGCAGGAAUCCAUGGCAUUUUUAUUAUUGGUGUUAUUGUUGUUCUUGGUUAUUUUGAUCUGGGAAAUCGCUCAAAAAUACUCCAUACCCACACCCAAAUCAGUGCCAGCUGUUAGCACAACCCACCCGGAAAAUAUUUAUUACAGAGAAGAGUCGUAUUAUAAACAAAGCCCUAUCUGUUGAUGAGUGGUUUACGGUUUUGACAGGUGUUAGCGCAAUAAACAAUAAUUGGAUACUAAUGGCAGAACAAGCGGCUAAUAAAAUCCCGAGUGACUGUGUUGUAUGUAUGGGAUCUAGACCUUUGUUACGUGUUGGUUCUUCUUCAGUCAACUCCAUCUGUGUUCUAGAUCUUAUGAAAAAUUAUAUGAAAAAUGAAUGCAAAAUUUGGGAUACUGCCCACCCGGUAACACCGGCUCAAAAGAACAAACCUGUGUUUAAUCGUGCUAUGGCACGCCAAAACUUCACCUGCAUUUUCCUUAAAGGUAAUGAUGCCCCAAUUGGCAAUAUCUCUGAUGGUCAGUGUGCAGAGACCCUACAAGCACCUUUCUUCCAACCUGUCAGCCGUGCUGAUGUGUGGUGGUGGUGUGGAGGGGACCGUAUCUUCGACAGUACGGGAAAAUGUGCAUUAGUAACUUUACUUUUCCCCAUUUCCGUUGUUCCUGUCACCCUAGAUGAUCUGGCGGUUGCUCCUGAACACUUCAAGGACGCUCUUGGGCUAUUACACUGUUCACGUAGGUCCAAGCCUACCUGGCUCGGUGCUGACGAGCCCACCUACAUUGACGCUAUUGGCGUCCCCCGUGGUGUCCUAGAUGAGUAUAAACUGGCUGAUCAGAUCUUCAAACAACAAAAGAUCAAGAAACCACUGGGCCCAGACCUGGUGUCCCCAUCCUGCCUCAAAGUCUGUGGUGAUCAACUAGUGCCUGUCUUCACAAAGAUCUUCAACAGAUCUCUAGAACUGAGUGAAGUACCAACCUGCUUCAAACUCACCACCAUCAUACCCAUCCCAAAAAAGGCAGCAGUCUCAGGUCUUAAUGACUACAGGCCUGUUGCCUUAACAUUUGUGGUCAUAAAGUCCUUUGAACGCCUUGUGCUGGACCACCUCAAAAGCGUCAUGGUUCCCCAACUGGACCCACUGGAGUUUGCCUUUCAAGCUAACAGAUUUGUACUUCAUCCUUGAACAUCUUGACAGCGAAGGAACAUAUGUGAGGAUCUUCUUUGUGAACUUCAGCUCUGCCGAUAACACCAUCAUGCCUGAACUCCUCUCCUCUAAACGUCUCCAGCUCAGCGUCUCGCCUGCCAUCUGUCAGUGGACCUACAACUUCCCGACGGGCAGGACACAGCAGGUGAAGCUGGGGGACACCAUCACCCACCCGCAUUAUCAGCACCAAAGUUGUGUCCUCUCCCCUCUGCUCUUCUCGCUCUACACAAAUGACUGCAUCUAAAGGCAUCCGACUGUCAAACUCCUGAAGUUCGCAGAUGACACUACAGUCAUCGGCCUCAUUAAAGACGGUGACCAGUCUAUGUAUCCACUGGAUGUGGGGAGCCUGGAGCUUUGAUGUGGGUAACACAACCUGGUGUUGAACACUCUAAAAAUUGUAGAAAUGAAUGUGGACUUCAGGAGGCAUCCUUCACCACAGCUGCCCCUCAGGAUUUGUCACUUUAAACUGCUCCUUUUGCACAUUUGUCAUUGUACUGGUCUAUAACGGUAAACUGAGAAUGGGUGAAGUGCAUUCUGUAUAAGCUUAACAUAAUGCGGAGCAUUGAUGCACUCUAACUGUUCUAAAUGCCAGAAGACUGCAUCUUUGCACAACUGUGACUCUUUUCAGAAAUAGUUCCCUAAAAAUUGAAUAUCCAUAUCAUAAAUUCCUAGUGUGUUGUUUCAUACUUGGCCAUUAAAGCUGAUUCUGAUUCUGA